AUGGACGUGGACAUGCCUACUACACCAACUCCAACUGUUCGGUCGGCAACCAACGUGGCACGUACUCGGCCUACCCCCACGCCCCGCCCGACCAAUGCUACUGCAUCAACUGCCGCUUCUGGUAGUGGCUCACGAGCAGCCCCCUCAACGCCAUCCGCCCAAACCGAGCCGCGUCGCAUCCGAUGCCCGCUAUGUCUCCGGAAACACCGACUACAGCACUGUGGGCUCUUUAAGGAGUUAUCGCCGACACAACGCCAGCGUGUUGCUCAGCCACAUGAGCAUUGCCUCAACUGCCUGUCGCACACGCAUGUGACGCWGGAGUGUAGUUCUGCCGAUUUAUGCCACACGUGUGGCAGACCACAUCACACGCUGCUGGACAGAACACCACGACGCGAUGUAGGUCGGCCAGCUGCCUCAAGCACGGGUAAACCCCCGCAAGGAAAUCGGACGGUACGACGCCGAACCAGUGCAGCCCGGCUGAGCCCCAGCGGCGUCCAAAAGCGCCACAGCAUCGCCCCGCUACAGGACUCAGCAACGUAG